CCUCUGAGCCAAUCCCGACGAGCCUGCGAGUGGCAUGGCUUCCCCCAGUCCGGCGCUCUCAGGUUACACGACUAACGCUGCGAGGUGGUUCUGACGGCCCCCCGGUACCGAGACGAGGCGCCCGGUUUUCCAGGUCCGCGCUCCUAGUCUCCUUUCGGGCCGCAGAGCCCAGGCUCUGAGGAGGAUGGAUCCUUCUUCGGAUACCUGGGACUUCUCACCUUUAAUAUCAUUAUGGAUAAACAGAUACUACAUAUAUUUGGGCUUUGCCUUUGGUAUUGGCCUUUGGAUUUGUUUCCAGAUUGUUAUCAGGAAGCAGGACAAGAACUCACAGGAGAAAUCAAUUCCAAAAGCAGCUCAGGAUUUGAUGACAAAUGGUUAUAGCUCUCUUCACAAGAAGGAAGUCUUUGUGUCUGGAGUGAAGAUUUUCUAUGGUUCCCAGACUGGUACAGCAAAGGAAUUUGCAACAAUUCUUGCUGAAGCUGUUACCUCCCUAUAUCUGCCUGUGGCAGUUAUUAAUCUGAAAGAAUAUGAUCCAGAUGAUAAUCUAGUAGAAGAGGUUACUAGUAAAAAUGUUUGUGCCUUUCUGGUUGCUACAUAUACUGAUGGCCGACCAACUGAGAGUGCAGAGUGGUUCUGCAAAUGGUUAGAGGAAGCAUCCAAUGAUUUUCGAUUUGGCAAAACUUACCUGAAGGGUAUGAGAUAUGCGGUGUUUGGCCUGGGAAAUUCUGCCUAUGCGAGCCACUUCAAUAAGGUUGGCAAGAAUGUUGAUAAGUGGCUCUGGAUGCUCGGUGCUCAUCGCGUGAUGACUCGAGGGGAGGGUGACUGCAAUGUCGUUAAAAGCAAACAUGGCAGCAUUGAAGCCGACUUCAGAGCUUGGAAGACCAAGUUCAUCUCCCAGCUCCAGGUGCUUUGUAAAGGAGAGAAGAAAUCCUGUGAUGGCAGUUGCAAGAAAGGCAAAUGUGAAUCUAAUCAGCGUAGCUCAGAGGAAAUGGAGCUAGGAUCUCAUACUCAGGAUGGAUUGCAUCAGAGGGACCCUGAGGAGGAGGAGCCCUUUGAGAGUUCCAGUGAGGAAGAGUCUGGUACUGAGGACCACCAGAGUCUAACUUCUGUGGUUGAUGUUGAGGACCUCGGCAACAUUAUGAAUCAUGUCAAGAAAGAAAAGGGUCAGAAGCAGGCUUGGAGAACUAUAGCAUUUGUUCAAAGUCAGAUGGCUGGCUGUGUUAAUUUUCUGCAUCGUGCAGAUGCUAUUAGGGCUAUUUAUGGUUAUAAAACACAUGGUUUCUUUAAAAUGAUGUCUUGGUGUUUCUGUGCUUUGAGGAUUUUAUUUAAAUUAUCAUUUGUUUUUUAUUCACAGUCAAUGCUCCGAGGGAGAGGAGGUUGCUAUAAACAUACAUUCUAUGGUAUUGAAAGCCAUCGUUGCAUGGAAACCACCCCGAGCUUAGCAUGUGCAAAUAAAUGUGUCUUCUGUUGGCGGCACCACACCAAUCCAGUGGGCACUGAAUGGCGAUGGAAGAUGGACCAGCCUGAAGUGAUCUUAAAGGAAGCCAUUGAAAACCAUCAGAACAUGAUCAAGCAGUUUAAAGGUGUACCAGGUGUCAAAGAAGAACGUUUUAAAGAAGGAAUGACAGUAAAGCACUGUGCAUUGUCCCUUGUGGGAGAACCCAUCAUGUACCCAGAAAUCAACAGGUUUUUGAAGCUACUCCAUGAGUGUAAAAUCUCCAGUUUCCUGGUCACAAAUGCACAAUUCCCUGUGGAAAUCAGGAAUCUCAAACCGGUUACCCAGCUAUACGUCAGCGUGGAUGCCAGCACCAAAGACAGCCUGAAGAAAAUUGACCGCCCACUCUUCAAGGACUUCUGGCAAAGAUUCCUGGACAGUUUGAAAGCCUUGGCAGCAAAGCAACAGCGUACUGUCUACAGACUGACUCUAGUUAAAGCAUGGAAUGUGGAUGAACUCCAAGCCUAUGCUGAGCUGGUGUCUCUAGGGCAUCCUGACUUCAUCGAAGUGAAGGGUGUUACCUACUGUGGAGAGAGUUCAGCAAGCAGUCUUACCAUGGCCAACGUGCCCUGGCAUGAGGAAGUGGUACGCUUUGUCCGUGAAUUGGUGGAUCUGAUCCCUGACUAUGAAAUUGCUUGUGAACAUGAACAUUCCAAUUGCCUCCUAAUUGCUCACAAAAAGUUUAAGAUUGAUAGAGAAUGGUGGACGUGGAUUGAUUAUAACCGCUUCCAGGAGCUCAUCCAGGAAUAUGAAGACAGUGGUGGAUCAAAGACUUUCAGCGCUGAGGAUUAUAUGGCGAAAACUCCUCACUGGGCUUUAUUUGGUGCCAAUGAAAGAGGCUUUGAUCCCAAGGACACACGAUUUCAGAGGAAGAACAAAUCAAAGGAUAUUUCUGGAUGUUGACAUUGUCUGCAUUUAGGAUACUGAAGGACAAAAACUGACGGCCCCAGCGGGUUCUCAGACUCCACCGUGAUCUUUUCAAGGAAAAAUUACACAAAUUAUAUUUCAUACCCAGGAGACUGUAAGGCAGGACCUGGGGAUGCAAGUCAUGUCCUGGGACUGAGGAGACAGCUUCACUCUUGGAGUUCCACAGUCUCACCAUUUCUUUCCAGAACUCAGUCCCUUUUCUGAUUUUCCUUCUCAGAAGAAAUUCACAGUGGGGGGAGGGGGAGGGGAGAGUAUACAUACUCAUUAUUAGGAUCUAACUGACAGUUUGAGUUAUAAUUAGUAACACCACCCUUAGAGUGCUAUUCAUGUUGUACGGAAUGAGUAUCUUCCUCUUCCCCUUGCGGCUAUAGCCCUUGUGGAUUGUACGGCCCUGAGGUAAGUGUAUCCACUCCCUUCUUAGAUUUGAAAGUAACUUAAGUUGUCAUAAUUCUCAGUUACUUUAAAAUACUGCAUAUAUUACUUCAAAUUUUUUAGUGCCAACCCUUUAGAAACUGAAUUGGUUUUAAAACUGGACUAGAUAUCAUUCCAUUCCCAAAUUGCCAUAGAGGGUAAUAUAUGGGCUGGAUUAGAGUGAAAGCUCUUUUCUAUAAGAGGAAUUGCCAUCUGAUGUCAUUCAAUACUUAGUCUCACAAACCUUGAAACAAUGAGUACAAUUUGCUUUUUGUUUAAAAAGUCAGUGUUUAAGCCUCGUAUGAGUACACAUAUAGCAGGUCUGACCAUCUUCUUUUGCUCUUGUUGCCUUAGGUAAUUUACUCAGUCUGUUCUUUAAGGUUCAAGUUUUUUCUCAUUGUAAAUAUGAAAUACUCAAUAGCUUUUUAAAGUAUUAUAGUUAUUUUUUAAAUUUCUUUAUCCUAAAAAUUUUAUUAAUAAAAAAUCUUUUGUAGACAUUUA